UUCCUACUAGUAAUUUAAAUCCAUGUGCAAGUUCACCCAAUCCCAAGAAACAGAGCACAAUCUUUGAUGAUCCCUUGAGAACUCUGAUCUAUUCCUUCUUCACAGAUCUCAGUUUCAAUCUCAGUUUCAAGAUUCUUGAUCAAUGGCAAAAGAUCAACCCUCAAGUUCAAGAUUUCGCUACCUGUGCUACAUCCUAGUUUACCUCUCAACGUUCUCAUCCAUUACGUUUAUCUACUGGUCCUACUCUUCUGAUUUCCAUGUCGAAAACAUGUUCAGAGAUGAGCAGCAACAACUCAGCAUAGACCUUCUAAGCUAUCGGUCUGCGUGGAAUCAUCUCAGUUUUCCAUCAACACCGCCACAGAAACUCCUCAAAAUAGCCCUGUUUGUCAAGAAAUGGGCUAUCAAGGGCCGCGCUGGAGGGCUUGAACGUCACGCAUUGACUCUCCACCUUGCGCUUGCGAAACGAGGCCAUGAGCUCCAUGUGUUCACCACUUCACCUCCAAACACCAGUUUCCCUGAAUACCCGAUGAUCAAAAGUUUGUUUUUUCACCUCACAAAGCCAACAGCUGCCGGCUAUCUCGAUCAGGCUUCAGUUUGGAAUCAAUUUGUGAAGGAAAAUUCAACUGGAAAACCAUUUGACGUGGUACACACUGAAAGUGUUGGUUUAAGGUAUACAAGAUCAAGAAACAUAAGCAACCUGGCUGUCAGUUGGCACGGAAUUGCAUAUGAGACCAUACAUACUGAUAUCAUACAAGAGCUUUUACGGAGUCCUGAAGAUUCGCAGAAUCACGCAAUGACGGAAAGGGUUACAAAGGUUGUUGAAGAGGUUAAGUUUUUUCCAAGCUACGCUCAUCAUGUGGCUACUAGUGAUCAUGCUGGAGACAUCUUAAGAAGAAUCUACAUGAUACCAGAAGAACGCGUUCAUGUUAUUCUCAAUGGCAUCGAUGAAGAGAUUUUUAAGCCAGAUUUUGACAUGGGUAAUGAUUUUAAAAAGAAGGUUGGAAUUUUAGAUUCUAAGAAAUUGGUUCUAGGAAUUGCAGGGAGGUUAGUUAAAGAUAAAGGACACCCUUUGAUGCAUGAAGCUCUAAAGCAGAUUCUCUUGGAGAAUUCUACAUUUCGAGACGAUGUGAUUGUUCUGGUUGCUGGAGAUGGUCCAUGGGGUUCCAGAUAUGAAGAUCUAGGGACUAACUUGCUGGUUCUAGGGCCACUUGAACAAGCUCAGCUAGCAAGUUUUUACAAUGCAAUUGACAUAUUUGUGAAUCCGACACUCCGAGCUCAGGGUCUGGAUCACACGUUGUUAGAAGCAAUUCUUUCAGGGAAGCCAGUAAUGGCUACGAAGGUUGCGAGCAUUACAGGGUCUGUGAUUGUCGGUGAAGAAGUGGGCUAUACGUUUUCACCUACUGUGAGCUCUUUAAAGGAAUCACUUUACAAAGUCUGGAAAGAUGGUAAGCAGAACUUACAGCAAAAAGGGGAGUUGUCAAGACAGAGGGGAUUGACUCUGUUCACUGCCACUAAAAUGGCAGCUUGCUAUGAAAGAUUGUUUCAAUGCAUCUCAUAUGAUGAAAAACAAAAUCACGGGUAUUGUCUAUACAAACCCCGUCCGGUUCACUGACUAGCAGGUUGAUAAGCUAAAUCCUAGAUUUUUAAUUUUCUCAGUAAUUAUCAAUUCAAAAGUUCUCAGGGUACUUAAUGAGACAGAACACUGUUGCUACAUUCCAUUACAAAGCUAAUCAGGUACUUCUUAAACAUGAACGAA